UCCGGAGAAGAAAAGACAUACCUGUGUGUUAAAUAAGCCUUGAGUUAUAGAUGAAAAAAUUGUGAUCCGCUACAAGAUUCUGUGUUACUCGCCUGUAGUACUUGCCUGAGUUUCAAGAUCUACAAAGUGGCGUCUGGAGGGGGCAAAAUGGUGGAGACGGGCGGCGUGCGGUCCUCGGGCUCCUCGCCCGUGUCCUCGAAUCUCGCCCCGAUGCCGCCCUCGGGGCUUUCCUUAGCCACCACCUCCAUCUCGGAGCCCCUGCCACCCUCCUCGCUGCCCUGCCUGGCGCCGCUGCCUCACUACCCGUACCCGUCCUACCUGCAUCACCUGACACAGUACAUGGGGGCCGCAGACCCCCUCAAGCAGUACCUGGCCUCCAGUGACCAGCUCAAGCAGUAUCUGACCUCGGAGCAUUUGAAGUACCUGAUGCCGGAGCACAUGCGGCUCUACCUGAACCACGACCCCCUGAAGGCGUACAGCGGCACCUCCGCGGAGCACCUCAAGGUUCCCCUGCAGUUUCCCGACCCGCUCAAGAGCUACUCCUCGGCGUCCGAGCAGCUGCGGUGCCUGGCUGCAGGAGAGGCCACGGAGGGCGGGAUGCUGCCGCCAGUGUCCAGGGCGCCGUCGUCGGUGUUCACAAUCGAGAGUUUGUUGGCGCCCAGGGCGUCCGGGGCCGGCGCGCCCCGACUCCCCCCGGCGCACUUCCCUGCCAUUCCACGCAACCACUACGAUCUCCUCGGACCCGGCCAGUACCACGGGCUGUACUCCGCCUCGCUGUUCGGGGGAUCGGGCGCCGGCGGCAAGAGGAAGCGCCGCCACAGAACCAUCUUCACGGAGGAGCAGCUGGAGGAGCUGGAGAGGACCUUCGCCAAAACGCACUAUCCGGACGUGCUCCUCAGGGAACAACUGGCGCUCAAGGUCGACCUCAAAGAGGAGAGGGUAGAGGUCUGGUUCAAGAAUCGGCGCGCGAAGUGGCGCAAGCAGAAGCGCGA